AUGAAAAUGACAAAUUUUUCAUUACUAACAUUUGCUAAUUUUGUAUGCAAAUCUUGUACACGUGGUGAUGAUGAUAGUUAUUUAUUAAUUUGUGACAUAUGUGAUAAUUGCUAUCAUACAUAUUGUCUUAUUCCAGCUUUAAUCGAAAUUCCUCGUGGUCAAUGGCGAUGUCCUAAAUGUGUUGCACAAUUAUAUCAUACAGCAACACCAACGGAUGCUUAUGGAUUUGAACAAUCAGGAAAAGAAUAUACAUUAGGAGAAUUUGGUGCAAUGGCUGAUGAAUUUAAACGAAAUUAUUUUAAAAAGCCAUUAUCAGAAAUAUCGUGUGAUGAUGUUGAACAAGAAUUUUGGCGUAUACUUUCAUUACCGGAUGCAUCCGUUAAAAUUGAAUAUGGAGCAGAUUUACAAACAGGUGAAUUAGGUAGUGGAUUUCCUACAACAAGAACAAAAGAUUUAACUGAAAAUGAUAAAAAAUAUCUCAAUUCUCCAUGGAAUCUCAAUAAUUUUGCUUGUCAUUAUAAAUCUGUUUUACGAUAUAUUAAUGCUGAUAUAUCUGGCAUGAAAGUUCCUUGGGCUUAUGUUGGUAUGUGUUUUGCUUGUUUUUGUUGGCAUGUUGAAGAUCAUUGGUCAUAUUCAAUUAACUAUCUUCAUUGGGGUGAACCAAAAACGUGGUAUGGUGUACCGGGUUCAAGUGCUGAAAAAUUAGAAAACUGUAUGAAAUCAUAUGCUCCAGAAUUAUUUUCUAAAACACCUGAUCUUCUUCAUCAUCUUGUUACAACAAUGAAUCCAUCAGUAUUAAUGCAUGAUGGAGUACCAGUUGUUAGAACACAUCAACAUGCUGGAGAAUUUGUUAUAACAUUUCCUCGUGCUUAUCAUGCAGGUUUUAAUCAAGGUUUUAAUUUUGCUGAAGCAAAUAAUUUUUGUCCAGCUGAUUGGCUUCCGAUGGGUCGUUGUGCAAUGGAUCAUUAUAAAGAAAUGAAACGUUAUAGUGUAUUUUCACAUGAUGAAUUAAUAUGUAAACUUGCAUCAGAAUGUCAAUAUCUUGAUCCAGCUAUAGGUGAUGCAACAAAAUUUGAACUUGAUUAUAUUGUUAAACAAGAAAAAAAUAGUCGAAAAUUAGCAUACGAACAAGGAGUAACAGAUGGUGAUCGAGUUUGUUUUGAAUUAAUGCCUGAUGAUGAACGACAAUGUGAUGCUUGUAAAACAACAUGUUUCUUAUCAGCUAUAUCUUGUUUAUGUAAACCAAAUAAUCUUGUUUGUAUAAAUCAUGUUGAUCAAUUAUGUUCAUGUUCACCAAAAAAAUAUUGUUUAUGGUAUCGUUAUACAAUUGAUGAAAUGUCAAAUAUGCUUGAUGCAUUACGUGAACGUCUUGAUCUUUGUCAAAAAUGGAAAAUACUUGUUAAUCGACUUAUUUCAAAUGAUCACCAAAAUGUUAUCGAUUUUAAUGAUAUUGAAAAACAUACGACAUCUGGUGUAUUAUGUUUACGUGAUGAUAUUCGUAUAAAAAUGGAAGAAAAAUUAGCUGAAGCUAUUGAAUAUCGACAAAUGGCAAAAAAUAUUUUAAAACGUAUAACAUCCAAAGAUGAAUUAAUAGAAAAUAAUAAUAAUGAUGAUGAUUUAAAUAAAAAGAAAAAAAAUUUUAAUGAUGAAAAUAAAGUUACAUUAAAUGAUAUAAAUCAAUUAAAAAAUCGAGUAAAAUCAAUUGGUAUUACAUUUAAUGAAAUGAAAACUAUUCAAAAUAUUUUAACUGAUUGUCUUCAUUAUCAAGAUGAAAUAAAAACAUUACUUCAAUCAGAUAAACUUCAAUCAACGGAUAUUUAUUCAAAUUAUAUUGAACGUAGUAAUCAAUAUCAUAUUGAAUUACCAAUUAUUGAACGUUUAAAAUUAUUCUAUCAAGCUAGUAUUUGGUAUGAACUUGUACAAAAAACAUUAAAUCGAACAAUAUCACCAAGUAAACUUCGAUCAUUAAUAUCAUCUGGACAAACAUUUCAAGCAUUACAUCAACAAAUUCAACAAAAAAUUAAUGAAUUACAAAUACAAUUACAACAAUUAGAAUAUUGGGAUGAAAAAUCUCGACAAUUAACUAAAGAAGAGCCACGUCCAACAUUAAGUACUUUAGAACAAUUUGUUAAAAGUGCUGAUGAAGCAAAUAUUCAUUUAAAUUCAAUUGAUAAAAUAAAAACUUUAAUUAGUGAAUGUCAUAUAUGGAAUGAAAAAUUUGAACAAAUGCAACAAGGUGAACAUUAUCCAUUUUUAUCUUCAUAUGAACAAUUAUAUGAACACGCUCGACAUUUUCAUAUUGAUUUGGAACCAUUAAAAUUAAUUGAACAAACUAUUUUACAAGCACGUUCAUGGCUUGAAAAAACACAAACAGUUUUUCGUCGACCAGAUUCAAAUUUAACUUUAAUUGAGAUGAUUACACCACGUAUAAGUGUUGCACCAAAAACAAUAACAAAAAAACGACAAGCUUCAAAACGAAUAACAGGUGAUGGACCAAUUAAUGAAUCAAUUGGAAUUUUAGAUGAUACAAUCGCUAAAGUACUGGCUAGUGAUGAGAAUGAUCCAAAAACUGUGUAUAAAGUUUAUCGAGAAGCAACAAUGAAAGAAAUUGAAUGUCUUAAUGAAUUACGUGAAAAUAAUCAAAAGAAACGUUUUGAUUUAUCAUUAACAUAUUGUAUAUGUGAAAAACCAUAUUCUGAAUUAAUGCUUCAAUGUGACUUAUGUAAUGAAUAUUAUCAUCGCCAUUGUUUACCUUAUCAUGGUUCAGAUGUUAAUACAUCUGUAUGGUGGAUAUGUGAUUUUUGUAUUCGAUCACGAAGACCACGUCUUCAAGAUGUAGUUAAACUUCUUGCAAAUUUACAAAAAUUAACAGUUCGAUUACCUGAAGGUGAAAUAUUACAGUGUUUAACAGAACGAGCUAUUGCAUGGCAAGAAAAAGCCGAAGCAUUUCUUGCUUCACCUGUUCUACGUGAAUUGAGUACAGUCAAACAAGAAAAUAAAAAUAUUAAGGAUGAAUUUGUCAAUGAUUCAAACAAACAACAAUCACGAAAUUUCGAAUCUGAAACAUCUCGCCCAUUAAAUAAUUUAGCUGAAAAUCAAUUAGAAAAUUUACUUAUUGAAGGUGGUCUAUUAGAAAUUUAUGUUGAUCAAAUAAAAUUGCUUACAAAAUUAGUUAAUUCAUCACGACGAUCAAAUUUGUCAUCAGAUAAACCAAAAAAUGCUCGUUCACAAACAGAAAAACCUAAAUCAACAAUAAUACGUAAACGAAAAUCAUAUGAAAUUCUUUCUAAAACAGAAAAAACUGUACGACGUAAACGUUCUCGUAAAUCAAUAUUAUCUGAUCAACGUUUAUCAGAUAAUCAAUUAGGAACAUCUGCACCUGUUGUUUAUAUUUCAUCAAUGAUUGAUAUACAACAAACAUCAAUAAAAUCGUCACCUAAAUCUGAUAUUGAUCAUGAUAAUAAUCCAUUACUUAUAUCAGAUGAUGAUAAUGAUCAAACAAAAAAAGGAACUAUUGUUGGUGGAGUUGAAGAUGAAUGUGCAGUUGAUGGUGGAACAUGUUUAAAACCUAGUGGAUCAUCAAUUAAAUGGGUUUGUUGUGAUGCAUGUGAACGAUGGUUUCAUCUUGUUUGUGUUGGUUUAACAAGUGUUAAGAAAAAAGAAGAAUUUAAAUGUGCACGAUGUAAACAAUUAUCAAUAUCAACAGUAUCAUCAUCGACAUCAACUUCAACAAUAAUUGUUACUUAA